AUGGGUGCUGGAGCGAGCGCCGAAGAGAAACGCUCCCGGGAGCUGGAGAAGAAACUCAAGGAAGAUGCAGACAAGGAUGCCAGGACGGUCAAACUGCUGCUGCUAGGUGCCGGAGAGUCGGGCAAAAGCACAAUUGUCAAACAGAUGAAAAUUAUCCACAAAGAUGGUUACUCACUGGAGGAGUGUCUGGAGUUCAUCACUAUCAUCUACAGUAACACGCUGCAGUCCAUCAUGGCCAUUGUCAAAGCCAUGAACACACUCAACAUCAACUAUGGACACCAGGACCAGGCGGAUGAUGCGAGGAAGCUGAUGCACUUGGCAGACACCAUCGAGGAGGGCACGAUGCCAAAGGAGCUGUCCGACAUCAUCCUGCGUUUGUGGAAAGACUCUGGGAUCCAGGCGUGCUUCGACCGUGCCUCUGAGUACCAGCUCAAUGACUCUGCUGGAUACUAUUUGAACGAUUUGGAGCGACUGAUUCAGCCCGGCUAUGUGCCCACUGAACAGGACGUACUGCGAUCUCGAGUCAAGACCACUGGUAUCAUUGAGACCCAGUUCUCCUUCAAAGACCUUAACUUCAGGAUGUUUGACGUGGGAGGACAGAGGUCAGAGAGGAAGAAGUGGAUCCAUUGUUUUGAAGGAGUGACCUGCAUCAUCUUCAUCGCAGCUCUGAGCGCCUACGACAUGGUGCUGGUGGAGGAUGACGAAGUGAACCGGAUGCACGAGAGCCUGCACUUGUUCAACAGCAUCUGUAACCACCGCUACUUCGCCACCACCUCCAUCGUACUGUUCCUCAACAAGAAGGAUGUGUUUGUGGAGAAAAUCAAGAAGGCCCACCUGAGCAUGUGCUUCCCUGAGUACGACGGCCCUAACACUUACGAGGACGCUGGUAACUACAUAAAGAUGCAGUUUUUAGACCUGAACAUGCGCAGAGAUGUCAAAGAGAUCUACUCUCACAUGACCUGCGCCACUGACACAGAGAACGUCAAGUUUGUGUUCGACGCUGUCACUGAUAUCAUCAUCAAAGAAAACCUCAAGGACUGUGGGCUCUUCUAA